CUCUUCAUCACUACUACCAAGAUAACCAAAUCGCGAAGCCAUGGCCACCACGGUCACCGCCAUGGCUGCCAUAGCUGCCUUCCCGGCUCCAAGAACCCUCCCGCAGCCCCCGGCCGCGCUGCCGUCUCUCCAGAACGUCGUGUCGUUCGUGGUCCGGCCCGUGCGCGCGCACCGCCGGCUGGUGGCCGUGGCUGUCAGCUCGCCGGCCACGCCACCGGAUCUGGCCAGCAAGGUGUCCGAGAGCAUCAAGCAGGCGCAGGAGACGUGCGCGGACGAUCCGGUGAGCGGCGAGUGCGUGGCGGCCUGGGACGAGGUGGAGGAGCUCAGCGCGGCCGCCAGCCACGCGCGAGACCGGCAGAAGGGCGCCGACCCGCUGGAGGAGUACUGCAAGGACAACCCCGAGACCGACGAGUGCCGCACGUACGAGGACUGAGAGGCCCCGCGAGCUCGUCCUGGCUUCCGCCAUUGCUGUCACGUGAUCUAGCUUGCUUAGCUAGAGUGGCAUGAUGACAGCAUGCAGACAUGCAUGGAUCCGCUCAUUGGUCUCUUCGGGCCUGCAAGUUUAGUUUCUUCGUUUUAUCUGGUUUGGUUUGCAAUAAAGCGAGGUUUGUUUAUUAAUUACAAGAAGUAUUUAUGAGCUGCUACUGUAAUUCCAAGAGAAGGUGUAAUCAACUUAGCUGGUGUGCUUCUGGUUCUGGAACAUGGUUUUACUGUGUGCUGUGUUGUGAAGUAUAUUGCAGAUUUAACUGUC